AUGCUUUUUUUCUCUUUUCUUAACAAAGCAAAAAGGAAGAAGAAUAAUAUGCUUGCAUAUAUUCAAAUGCUUUUUGUGAGCGUUCUAUCAGGUUUUGUAUAUAAUAGGUCUAGCAAAGAGAAGUCGUCUAAAACUGCAACACAAGCACAGAACGCAAUGAAAAUUGAUGGCCCUCCUAAAGUACAGCCAACCCCGGAGCAGAUCCGUAUUGCUCAAAUGAUUAAUGACCGAGCCGAAAAUGAGGAUCCAGCUAACCGAAAGAUUGAGAAGAUUGAACAGGUUAUGGAAGCAACUGGCAAAAGUUAUGAUGAAGCAGCAGUAGCUUUACAUGAUGCAGAAUUUGAUCCAGAGAAAGCUGUUAUCAUGCUUCUUGAAGGUGAAAAUGACCAGGGUGAGUGGAAAGAGUCUGGUAAAAAAAAGAAACGUACAAAUACUGCUGCUGCUUCUGCUGCUGCUGCUGCUUCCUCAAAUCAGAAAUCUGAGCCUGUUGCCAAUCACAUUAGUGAGAACAGGUCAGACACUAGGGAGCGCAGCAAAGAUCGUGAACCCCGUACAGCUGAUAAGGCUGAUUUUGGACACAGGCGUGGUCGCCGUAGUGGGCCCCUCCCUCCCCGUCAUGCCCGUGGUCGAGGACGAGACAGAGGAGACUUCAGAGAAAAUAAAGAAAAUGAAGAAGAAAGUAAUGAGGAAGGCGGUGGGCGAGAUCGCAGCUUUGGAAGAGGACGAGGAAGAGGUUUGGGCAGAAGAGGGCGUGGACCACGAAGUUUUCGCAAUCAGAGGUUUGACAAAGGUCCACAAAUCGAUACAUGGACCAAUGAAACUGCUGAAAACGCUGAGAAAGAGAGCUCGACUUGGAAUGAUACUCUGUCUUCAGAAGACUGGAAUGAUGACAGCUGGACAGGAAGUUCCAUGGGUGCAGCCAUUUUACCUCUGGAGCCCUUAAUGUGUGACUCAGCAUUUUCGCUGGCUGAAUCCAAGGUUUUCACAGCAUCAUCUGUGCAAAGUGCUCCCACUUCUGAACCAUGUGCAGCUGCCCCGUCUGCUUCACCACCCAUGAAUGAUGCAACUAACACUGCCCUGCCACGAAAUAUAUUCAAAAAAAUCAAUGGGAGUGAGGAAGUUGAGAGGCAUCAAAACCUGCUGGACCUUGGUGCACUUCUUCAAAAAGCACAAGACCCUGUGACAGAAGCUCAGUAUAUUGCCCAGUAUAACCAGCAAGCAACAGAGUCCCUAAAAAAUACGAUAGGGAUUGGAACUUCAAGCAACCAGUCGUCUGGGCUGCCGUCAUCUCUUGGUAGCCAGUCAGUGAAUGCUAUGGCCUCUCUAACUAGUCUGUCCCAGCAGCAGUCGUCUGGAAGCCAUUUGCCAUCCACAUUGUCGGCUGCUGCUGCAGCUGCUGCUGCUGGUCAUCCAGUGACCACUCAGGCAGUAUCAGUCAGCACCACAGUCACACAGUCGAGCCAGCACUCAAUACAGCAGCAACAGCAGCAGAGAGCAAGGCCACAAAGAACAAAACUACCCCCACCUUCAAAGAUUCCAGCAAGUGCUGUGGAGAUGCCGCAUCACUUAAUGCCUCACCUGGAUGUUCAGUUUGGAAACCUCGAGUUUGGAGCAGACAGUUCUCCCUUUAGUUUCAGCGUGAAUGAUACAUCAGUAACCAGCAGCUUUACCACUUCUGUGACAAACAGUUCUACAAGUGGUAUGGUUAACCAUAUGAGUUCGCCAAGUCAGCAAUCUGCAGAUUCGCCUAUGACGUCAUCAAUUUUGUCGUCACCUAGUCCCUCCACAAAGUCUAUUAGUCAUCUGGAACAAACCUCAAGCCGCACAAACAUCUUUACAAAUACGUAUCAGUCUCCAUCUAAAAAGGAUGUUACUGCUAAUGCUCUAGUAGGACAAACAACCAAGAUUGCAACACCUGAUCCCAUCCCAUUUCCUCCAUCUCCAAGUGAACGGAAGUCCAGUCCACUUAUUGGGCCCAGUCAACGCACUGGUCAAUCUCCAAGUUCUCUUAGUCAGAGUGCAGUUCCUAACCAGAAGAAUGAUUCCAACAGUCUAAGUUCCUUUACUCCUCCUGGUAGUACAUACCCAACUCCUAGUUACCAAAGCCACAAGACAGCAAAUGUAACAUCAUCAUUGUCAUCUUCCACCCCAGUGUUUACACACCAUUCCAACAGCAUGUCUCAGUCUAGUUCAUCAGCCUACCCAGCACAAUACCAAGUCAGCCAGAACCAAUACCCAACUACUCCUUCACAGUAUACUCAUCAGAGCUAUCCAGGUAGUUCUUCAUUCCAAUCACAGUCUAGUUACACAUCAAAUCCGCCUACUCAGAACUCUUUGUAUCAGAGCUCUGCACAAACAAGUUCCUACCAAGCUCAAGGCAGUAAUAGUAAUUCAACGACGGCAUACCACCCUCGGGACUCCCAAUCAGCCCCUGCCAAUUCCUAUCCGACUGCUGUAGCCUGUCAGUCAUCAUAUCAACGGAAUAACCAGGCUGCAAUGG